AUGGACGAACCUCUUGGCUGCUUAUCCUUCUCGGUCUCUCGAGUGGUUCUAACUGGCCAAACGACGCCAGGGGUUUCUCACAUCUGGCGCCAGUGGUCUGCGCUCCGUCUUCUCCAGGAACCUACCAAGAGCUUCGACAUCCAACGAUCUCGCAGCUGGCGCGUGGUGUCGCGACAUCUGCGAAGCCCCGGCCGUCAGCACAGCACACGACGACUGCAGGCUGUAAUGGACAAGUUACCCCUCAACGUAUCAGGACCUGAAAGUGAGGGAAUGGACCGUGGGGGGAGCCGUGCACGCGAAUCAGAGCCUGCCGUAGUGGAGGUCGCGCCGCCGACGGGACUCCCAGCUCGCAAGAUGGGCCAACGACACCAGCUCUUCGUCAUCGCCCGUGUCGGCAACUACUAUCGCCCACUCGCCGCGAUCCACCACCAAUGGCUCUACGGCGUGUCGGCCUUGCGUUCAUGUCGUCGACUCCUCCGCAUCUUCUCGGACCCGAGCAACCGAAUCGCCCUCAAGCACGAGCUGUAUCUCGCCGUCGACUUCUUCCAGAAGAGAGGUCCUCCCCCCAGCGACCCCCCGGAGUGCGAGGAUCCUGAAAGGACAGCUUGUCCCUUUCCUUUCAUCACCACAUAUCUGGCCGUUGGUGCGGCUUACGACUUUGAUCUGGGCCGGGUCGAUACGAUUCACGAACUGGCCUUCGACACAGGCUUCGAUCAAGGCGACAACAAUGAUGGUAUCACUGUGCUGGACAUCACCGAUUUGGUUGAUGUCCGCUACUGCUUUGUGAAUCUGUUUGAAACCUGGCCAUGGGGUGAAUGGGACGCGGAUCGCCCCGUGGCAGACACAAUCAACACCGGACCGCACACUCAACCCCAGACUCUAGGCCCGACCCAUUCUCUCAGAGAUCUGGCUGCCGCUCAACUGUUCAGUCGCCUCCUCGCGACCGAAGACGAUUUUGAACCCUCCAUCCUUGACGAAGUCCGAGACCUGCCGGGCUUUCAGAAAGUGCUGAGGGAACACCUCCUCUGCCACUCGAAACAGGUCGGCCCAGCACAGACUUCGAGCCAUUUACUCCAGCUGGCCUACGCUGGUGAAGACCUGCUGGAGUGGAACUCCUAUGUGAAUCUCACGGCCGAAGCAAUCAAGGUCGCCCUUACGUCAGACGCACUGAAAAGCGCCACAGGGAUCAUCCUCACGAUACAACGUCAUGUUUCGCCCGCAGAACUCGUCGAGGCUCUCUCAUCUCUUGAUAGCCUCCACGCGCUACAGGUCCUGGACCGACCAGACCGCAAAGACGAACAGAGCAGCAACCAGUUGUUUGAGGCUCUUUCCAAGUCAACACAUCCCCUGGCCAUCAAGAAGCUCACACUCUCUGGCCUCUAUGCUAACGGUAUUCGCCAGAAUAUUUGGCGACCAUGUCGGGAUAACCCGGUGACCUUGGAACCAUAUCCACUGGUGCAACUUCUCGUGGCCCACGAAGGGAAAGACGGCGACAUGCUGAAGUCGCUCGGCGGGGCUUUGGAGUCCUUCUGCCUCGGAGAUGCUGCUUUAACCCCAGUCAAAGUUGCCACUGGCCUUUUCCAAUACCUCAUGACAGAAGUUCAAAGCUGGCCUAUUCGCAAUGGGACAGGUUUGGCCGUCGCCCACUGCUUCUCAUGCAGCCCACCGGCCCUUGGCAGUGAUUCAGUGGAGAUUGCACCACUCCCGGCUGAGACCUACAAAAUCGCCAAGGCGGCAUGCCACUCGAGCGGCUUUGGAGGUUUGUAUUCUAAGCUGCGCGACCUGACCCCUCGUGCCUGGACGGCGGUUGUUUCCGAGUCAAAGGACACUCACGACGCCAAUGGUGUGACAACACAAACAACACACUUGCAAUUCAAGUAUGCAUUUAUACGCUCUAAGAAGGCUAUCCCAGUCGACCCAGAAACCCGGCGAGGCUCUGAUAUCCAGCCAUCUGAGAUCGAAGUUGUUGAUCUAGCGGGUUUCCUUCACUUGACCGCGCCUGAAAUCGACACGAGCAAGCUUGCCCACCAUUUUGAUGAGCUUGACGCGGCCGUCGUACGCGCUACCGAUGAAAGAAACCGCAUCACCACUCCGCAGCACAUCCCACUCUUGUCUCUUUUGAGCCCCGAGGAAGCAUGCCGCUUGUUGAAUCAAUUCGUUGCUUCGGUGCCGGAAGUGCAGGAGGCUUGCGUGCGAAUCAGCAGAUGGGGCGGAGGUAAAAAUAUUUUCAUAUGCCUGAACUUGGAAUCAGAGCUAAUCGGUUCCUCUGUAGGACACUGGAUACUCGACCUUGGAUUCAACCACGAUGGAUAA